AUUGACGUCAGUCCGGUAUCACAUGAACGAGCGCGGACCAAUCGGCGCGGCGCUGCCGGAGAGUGCUGGCUCCUUCACACCGAGAUAGAAGGGGGUGGGGGGGGGGAGACUGAAUAAAACAGGAAGCCGUGCCAGUGAGUCUGUAAUGACCACGAACCCCCUCGGAGGAGCAUAGCGCCGCCGCCAUCGGAUACUCCUCCGCGUUCCGAUUCCUCCCGUCGCGUUCCUCGCUGUGGAUUAUUCGCGUUGGCACCGGGGGGGCGCACGGACUGGAUCAGGCCAUGGUCCCAGCAUACUGAAUAGCUCGCUGCUGCUGGUAGUGGUAGUGGGGGGAGGUGGAGGCGAGACGCGCACCGUGGAGACAAUUUAUGGGGCAUUGUGCGGGGAGGAAAAUGGUGGAUUAUUUGCACUGUAUCAUCGAACGCGUGGAUCUCCUCUCGUAAUACACCGAUCGCCGGUCUCGGCCCUGUCCACGGGAACUCGGGUCUGCUUUAGCGGCCAGGCAGGCAGCCCCCUCCAGCUCGAUCCCUGCGACCACUUCUAUUGCUCCCUACAUGUAGGAUCCCCGUGUCGGUUCGACGCGCUCGCCCUCCCGUCCAAGAGACUCCCCUUUGGAGAACAAUACACUGGAUUACCGAGCGAUGGACUUCAACAGCGGCGGCGCCAACGAGCUGCACAACAACCAGUUCUAUCAGUGCGAGGAGAACAAGCCUCUGCUGGGGGAGAUGUCGGAGGGGAACAACAACACCAAGCUGAGCGCAGGGCCGUGCAAGAGGUCCCUGCACCACUGCAGCAGCGGCGGCAUGCGCUACAAGCUGCUGCACGAGGGGGACAUCCAGGUGUGCGUGGUCAAGCACCCCCGCACCUUCCUCAGCAAGAUCCUCACCUCCAAGUUCCUGCGGAGGUGGGAGCCGCACCACCUCACGCUCACGGACAGCAGCCUGACCUCGGCCACCCCCACCGGUUACAUGGAGGCGUCAUUGUCCUACAGCUCCAUCGAGGACCUGCAGCUCCUCUCGUGGGACAACGCUCCCAAGUACUGUGUGCAGCUCAGCUUCCCCGGCGGCACCGUCCUGCUGCAGGCUGCAAACAGCUACUUAAGGGACCAGUGGUUUCACUCCCUGCAAUGGAAGAAAAAAAUCUACAAGUACCGCAAGGUUCUGAACAACCCGAGUCGCUGGGACGUAGUGCUGAAGGAGAUCAAAGCGCUGGUGGACAUGGCUCUGACCUCACCGCUGCAGGACGAGUCCAUCCACCAGGCUCCUCUGCACAUCAUCUCCACCCUGCUGGCUGAGAAUGCUAAUCUCAGCACCCAGGAUCAUGAGAACAUCAUUGUGGCCAUUGCUCCUCUUCUGGAAAACAACCACCCACCACCUGACCUGUGUGAAUUCUUCUGUAAGCACUGUCGGGAGCGGCCGCGGUCCAUGGUGGUGAUCGAAGUGUUCACUCCUGUGGUCCAGAGAAUCCUCAAACACAACAUGGAUUUUGGAAAGUGCCCUCGACUGCGUCUCUUCACUCAGGAGUACAUCCUGGCUCUCAACGAGCUGAAUGCUGGUAUGGAGGUCGUCAAGAAGUUUGUCCACAGCAUGCACGGGCCAACGGGGCAGUGCCCUCACCCACGUGUCCUGCCAAACCUGGUGGCAGUGUGUCUCGCCGCCAUUUACUCCUGCUACGAGGAGUUCAUCAACAGUCGGGACAACUCCCCCAGCCUGAAGGAGAUCAGAAACGGCUGCCAGCAGCAGAAUGAACGGAAACCCCCGAUGCCGCUCCGUCUGCUGCGCCCCGAGCCUCCGACGCCGCCGCCGCCGCCUCCUGCCACCCUCCUGCCUCUCUCCGCCAACCCCAGCCCCCCUCAGCCACCUCCCUCUGCCCCCUCAAACCCUGCCCCAUCCAUUCCCUUCUCCCCAACGCCCACCCUGCCCCUCUCCCCUCCCCCCUCCGUUGUCAACUCCAGCGAGAUCCUGGUGGAGCUGGAGCGGAACAACAACUCGGCCAACACCAGGCGGAAGGGCGGGCCGUCAGGGGGCGACAGCGAGCCCAAUCUCAUUGACUGCCUGCUGGUCAGCCCAGCCGUCAACAUUCUGUCCAUCCAGCUGCCAGCGCAGGCCGACCGGGUGCUGGGCUGCUUCGCUCUCAUCCUCAAGAUGCUGUCGGACUACGAUGACUGGAGACCUGCUCUCGCCAGCCUGCUGCAGCCCAUCCCCUUCCCAAAAGAGGCCCUUGCUCACGCCAAAUUCACAAAGGAACUGAAGUAUGUCAUCCAGAGGUUUGCAGAGGACCCGAGGCAGGAGGUGCAUUCCUGUCUACUCAGCGUGCGUUCAGGUAAAGACGGCUGGUUCCAGCUCUACAGUCCGGGAGGCGUGGCCUGUGAUGACGAUGGAGAGCUGUUUGCAAGCAUGGUUCAUAUCCUCAUGGGCUCCUGCUACAAGACCAAGAAGUUCCUGCUCUCGCUGGCUGAAAACAAGCUGGGUCCCUGCAUGCUGCUGGCCCUGCGUGGAAACCAGACCAUGGUGGAGAUCCUGUGUCUGAUGCUGGAGUACAACAUCAUCGAGAACAAAGACACCCAGCUGCAGAUCAUCUCCACCCUGGAGAGCACCCAGGUGGGCCUCCGCAUGUACGAGCAGCUCUGCGACCGACAGAGAGAGCUCAAAGAACUGCAAAGGAAAGGAGGCCCCACCCGGCUGACUCUGCCCUCAAAGUCCACGGAUGCAGACCUGGCACGCCUGUUGAGUUCAGGUUCUUUUGGGAACCUGGAGAACCUGAGCCUGGCCUUCACCAACGUCACCAGUGCCUGUGCAGAGCAGCUCAUCAAGCUGCCCUCACUCAAACAGCUCAACCUCUGGUCCACACAGUUUGGGGAUGCAGGGUUACGGUUGUUAUCCGAACAUCUGGCCUGUCUUCAGGUUCUGAACCUGUGUGAGACCCCCGUCACCGAUGCUGGUCUGCUGGCUCUCAGUUCCAUGAAGAGUCUGUGCAGUCUGAAUAUGAACAGCACCAAGCUCACAGCGGACACAUACGAGGACCUCAAGGCCAAACUGCCCAACCUGAAAGACGUUGACGUUCGGUACACGGAGGCCUGGUGAUCAACCCCCCGGCCCUCACACAUACCCAGACACACAUACACACACAUGCACACACUGCACACAGGCUCAGACACGUCAUAUGGAAAUGAUGUAGUGAUGCCGCCUCCAUCGUCGCCCAUCGUUAGACCAGGAACUCUGACAUCAUCCCCUGAUGUGACCACAACAUCUCUGACUCGCGUUACAUCAGAGGAGGAGCCUUCGUCAUCUUUAGACGCCAUCGCCGGGAAGGAACUUUGUAGUCAGCAUCCCUUUUGUUCCUAAAAGAGAAACCUUUAUGGACCUCACCGCCCCCCGUACCUCCGUCACCAAUGCUCCAAGGACCUUGUGAUCAGAGGACAUGCAAGGAGCCGUGACAUUGCGACAGAAGGGACACCUUCCUCUCUCUGUCCUUAUCGUUUGCCCUGUGUUUCACACAUGGGCUCUCAGUUUUCAAAUACAAGUCCAGCUCUCCCUCCUCUGAGGGUGUGUCAUGAGGAAGGGCCUUCCUCUCUCUCCCGCCCGCGCCAUGAAGGCUGGACACAGCAGCUCACAUUCCAGUUCUUCUCCAAUCCGAUCCGCUAUGUAGCUCUCCGAAACCGACCGCGUUGAACUGUUCCUCUCGCGCUCUUUGGCUUCGGUUUUCAGGUUUCCGAUUCUGUCUCUUUCGUUUUGGAAAAGGAGGUGCCAUUCUCCGAGAGGAGGAGGAGGAGAAGAGUUGCGAGACUGUGCCUAUUCCUCUUAAUACGACACGUUCACGCGCAUAAAAGGAAGAAAAAAAAGUUUUUAUCAACUUGAAUGAACAUAUUUUUCCAGACAUCUGUGCUUUCAUAUACUGUGUGUUUCUAUAUAAAACUUAUACAUGCAGAAAACCCCAAGUGAUGACAUUUCAGAAACAUUUCGGGACCUCUGCAGGAAAGUUAAACGGCGAUGGCAACGUUUGUUCCUUUUUUCCCAUUUGUUCUCAGUGAACCAUCCGGAUGAUUUCCCAUUACUAUUUAAUAGGACAGCUGUGUAGCAGUAGCUGGGUGGUCUGAGAUCGCCUCAUAUUUAUAAGUUGUGUCUUUAAAUCCUCCGGGUUAUUACGUCCUGACAGUAAUGAAGUACACAGGCCAUUUUUUAUUUUGCAACUUACAACAAAAGAAGCCAACCAAGAGGCGCCCUCACUUGGAUCUCUCUGUACCACGCCCUGGUGGUAACCUAGUGGACCUGUAAACCAGACCAUCACCAGCUGAGAGUUGGAUAUUUUCAUAUCCUCUGCUAUUGUUUUGUUUGUUUUUUUGCAGGGGGGGGGGGGGGGCUUGUCUUUUUGAAACUUAUGACAAAAAAGAAAGGACACUUGCCAAACAUCGUCAUGGGGUUUUGUUUUGUGCACUUCUAUCUUCAAGCCAACGUGCGUGCGGUUUCAGUACUGACUGGUGUGUCCGGUGGAACCCGCCCCCGCUGAGGUCAGGGUGAAGGGUCGCACUGCCUCUGGUGGAGCUGUGGAUGAGUUGCAUAUUAUCUUUCUAUCUGUCACACCACCUGUUUUGAAUUGUUCUGCUGUAUUUAUAUUACGCCAUAAAACAUGGGUGAAAUUUUAGGCUAUCGGGACGAUUCAUUCCCAUCAAAGGAUGGGACAAAAUUAUUGUACAUAUUCUUUCGCAUUGGGGCUAUAAGGGACAAGAGAUUUGGGGGAUGGGGGCACCUUUCGUCCACAUUUGCCCGUCUUCAUUCCCUCAAAAUGUUUCAUACGAUGUGGUCACUGCCCCGACCUCUUUUUCCUCCCUGUCCCGUUUGGGUUGCUCUCUGUCUGCGCCCUCGAAAACACAACACGAGUCCGAUCUCCAUCCAGUUCGGCCUCGCUGUGACUGCAUCCAUCCGGUUUGUUUGUUUUCCGUGUCGACCUCCGGUGUGCUCGGGAUGUUUGUUGAACGGAGGCCGAAGCUGCAGCAGAGGACGGGACGCCGUCCGCCUCCCGCCUCCAGAGGCUUUGUUUCCUAUUUAUUGGGUGCCAUGACGGUUCUGGGUUUGGCUUGUAGACUCAGUUUUGUGUACGGCCGGCUUUGGUUCUGGCUCUACGACCUCUUUCAUAUCUGUAUGAUGUAUAAACGAGUGUGUAUAUAGUCGUCUCCUCCCUUCCUCUUUGUAUUCCCCCUCCCCCCCCUCGUUUGACCCUCUUCAUCCUUUUUCUGUAUCUCGCAGAGCCUCCCAUCAUUGGCAGGCUGGUGUUGUCUUCAUCUUACGUGUGGUUGUUUUGUUUCUCACACAAAGUGCACUGUAAUCUUUAAAAUAAUGUUUUUCAUAAUAUCUUUGAUUUCAUCACUUUAAUCAGACAUUUUGUUUCCUGUGUUGUCGUUUCAUUUUCUUUUGCAUGUACAUGUCGCUGCCGUCAUCUGGUAUUUUUAUUUUGUAAUUUUGUUUUUAUAAAAAGGUUUGAACAUUUGAUAAAAGGGUCUGAUCACUAUCUCACUGAGGUUAAGGACUGAAAUGGAGAAAGAUCCCAUCCAAUUACUUUCUGAUUGGUUGUUGCCCAUGAGUCUUGACGGAUCGGGAUUUGAGCGAUAUUGCUUUUCUAAGCCGGGACUGAUGCUGAUAGACUGAGCUUUAUUCAUUUACUUUUGUCUGUUUUCAUAUUAAAAAAGAAAGUUAUAUCCUAA